GUCACUCUUCAGGAGAAGAUGGCGGCGCUUGAGAAGGCGGAAGUUUUGCAGUUUGAGCUGCUGUGGAAUAUCUGACUGCCGCCUGCAGGCUGGAGAGAGUGAGUGCAACCCACCAUGAACAACAAGGACAGCAGCACAGAGUCUGAGAAUAACCAUCAGAUGAAGGUGUUUCUGCCCACUAAACUACUGGAGUCUUUACCACGCACCAGCACCUUGCCUAAAGAGAGACUGCGCUGGAAUACCAAUGAGGAGAUUGCAUCCUACUUGAUCUCAUUUGACAGACAUGAAGAGUGGCUCUCUUGCACGCUCAAAGCCAGGCCACAGAAUGGCUCGAUUCUGCUGUACAACAGGAAGAAGGUGCAGUACCGGAAAGAUGGAUACUGCUGGAAGAAACGAAAAGAUGGAAAAACGACAAGAGAGGAUCACAUGAAGCUCAAAGUGCAGGGUACAGAGUGUCUGUAUGGGUGCUAUGUCCACUCCUCCAUCAUUCCAACAUUCCACAGGAGGUGCUACUGGCUGUUGCAGAAUCCAGACAUUGUGUUGGUCCAUUAUCUGAAUGUCCCAAGUGUAGAGGACAGUGGAAAAGUGUGUGGACCGGUUCUGUGUGCUGUCACCGACCGGCGAGACGGUCUCCGUUGGAGCAGAGAGGACCUGCUCUCACAACUCAAACCCAUGUUUCACAGUAUGAAGUGGGGUGGGUCUGGCAGUGGGGCGGAGCUCUCCACUGAGCAGCUGGUGCAGCAGAUUCUGGAGUCUCAGCAGACCAAACCCCAGCCACGCACACACACCUGCCUCUGUAACCAUGCCUCUCCAGGAGUGAACAUUCCUCACCGGUGUAACAGCACUAAGCAUCGCAUCAUCUCUCCGAAGCUGCCCACUCGCCCCUCGCCCUACCCCGCUCUCACUGAGGUGCAGAAUCUGACCAGUGAGGGUGUAGGGGGAGGGGCGAGUCGAGAGGCAGGGCUGGGGGAUGUUCCGUCAGGGGGCGUGGCCUCGGAGAGAGGCUCCAGCCCGUUGGCUCCAGACAGUGGCAGCAUGUCAUCACCCUCGGCUUCUUCUAGUCCGCCCCAAACGCAACGAGCGGCCACCAUUGCCCUUAGCAACGGAAGUGGUUUCUAUGGUGACCAACGCAGUGGUCUGGCGACCGUUGCUCUACCGCAAAACGCAGUGAUCGUCAUGACCACUACUGCAGCUCUGGGGCGAGGAGGGGAGGAGUCAAAAGCUGAGCUGUCACUUACACGUGCAGGCAGCAGACUCGUCCUAUCACCUGUCCCGCCCAAACAGGACACGCCUCCUCCUCCUACAGCCACCUCCCCUACCAGUCCAGCCCCGCCCCCUCACACCACCUCUCCCAAUCAGGGUGUGGCUACGUUGUCACUCACUCUCCUGCCAAGCCCCGUCAUUGGAGGACUGCUGUUGACGGACCGCAUCAUUUCCGACCCCCCUAGCGCCAUGCUCCAUGCCCCCGCCCCCUGUCUGCUGGCCCCGCCCACCAUGUCGGCUGGCUCAGCCUCUGCUCUGCUGCCCUUUGACCCAGACUCCUUUCUUAACAGCCCCAAACAAGGACAAACCUACGGCGGCUCCUCCCUCACUCCGCCCAUCCCUGCUAACUCCGCCUCCUCCUGCCCAUCCCCGCCCCUUUCCUCUUCUCCAGAGCCUCUUGCAUCUCUGGCACUCUCUCUUUCACCAACGUCUCCUCCCUCAUCCCUCUCUACUCCUAGCUCCUCUUCUCUCUCUCCCUCUCUCUCUUUCUCUCUCUCUUCCUCCUGUUCUGACCCCACCCUCCCCUCACUCUGUCUUGACCCCUCCCUUGGUCUUGAUUCACUGACUCAGCCACUAAGCCCCAGUCUGGACACUCAGGACUCAUCACCACUGGAUGUGACCCACGGAAGCUCCUCCCCUGGGUAUGGUGAUGGGCAAGACUUGCUGAGUGGACAGGACAAUAAAGCUCCGCCCACUCCACUGUCACUAAGACAGCUACAAACCAACCAGCUACUGCCUACACAGAAGUUGUCCAAUCAACAUCCAGGCAAUCCACUCCCACUCAACCAAAUGAUACCCAAUCAGCUCUUGCCAAAACAGCAACAGACCAAUCAAAUGCCUGCAGAUGGUGAGAGGGCAGAGCUUAGGCAGAAUCACCAUGACAGUGCAGAGUCUGGUGUCAUAACACACACACACUCUCCAGGACACGCGUACUCUCAGUCUGGUGUCAUAACGUCACACGCAUGUAAUCCAGGACACAAACACACUCAGUCUGUGAGGCAUCCAGGACGAGGCUUACGACACAGUCUCAGCCAGCCAGCUUUACACACAGACUCUCACACACCCUCGUGCACACACACAGACACACACACACCCUCGUACACGCACACAGACUCGGACACAAAUUCACAUCCACUCUCAUACACACACACAGACUUGCACACACCCUCGUACUCACACGCAGAUUCACAAACAUCCUCACACACACACACAGACACGCUCAUGCACACACACUCUGCACAUAGCAGUCCUGUUCGGCUUAAGGAGGAGAAAUCUCCACCCAUAACUCCAUCCAUUUUGCAAGACUUUGAAUCAGACGAGACACCCAUGGACACCGCGCAUAGUUCUGAUGCCGUGCCCCCAGACACUGAAGAGCCAGAACUGUCGUUUGACUCCACCUUCCCUGACCUAAUAUCUGAGCUCAUCACCGAGGAGACGAACACUCAGUCCUCUGGUUUCUGCCAAAUCCCUUCCCUGGCUACACCCACUUUUCCUAUUAGGUAUAUGGUGCCACCGCAACCAAUGCCAGCCACCUCUUACUUACCCUACCCCACCCUUACUCACACACACACCCACACACACUCUGGAGCAGGAGAAGGAGCAGUGUGUCUGGCCAGUAUCACAGAUUUCUCCCCUGAGUGGUCCUAUCCAGAGGGAGGAGUGAAGGUGUUGAUCACAGGGCCCUGGUCACAAGAGAGUGUCAGAUACUCAUGUGUGUUUGAUCAAAGCACUGUUCCUGCUUCACUCAUCCAGGCAGGUGUGCUGCGCUGUUAUUGCCCAGCUCAUGAAGCAGGUCUGGUAGCUCUGCGUGUGAUGAAGGGUUCGGACACUGUUUCAUCAUCAGUUCUGUUUGAGUAUCGUGCUCGUAAUGCCACAUCUCUCCCCAGCUCCCAGCUAGACUGGCUCUCACUGGAUGAUAACCAGUUCCGUAUGUCUAUCCUGGAGAGGCUGGAGCAGAUGGAGAGGAGGAUGGCAGAAAUGGCAAACAGCAAUCAACAACAGCAGCAGCAGCACCUGGCACGGCAGCAGAGUUUACCUGCUUCCUCAACGCGCCUCACACCUGAAAACCAGGCGGGGCCAUGGUUCGAGCGACGUAUCGUGAGUGUGUGUGAGAGGAUGAUGCAGACUGGGUCUUGGGGGUGUGGUGGACGAGAAACACUCACACACUCCAUCACACACAGAGGGAUGACACUACUGCACCUGGCUGCUGCCCAAGGAUACACCCAACUCAUACACACGCUCAUCCGCUGGAGGGGUGUCGGUCCUGCUAGUGUCAGUCUGGAGCAGGAGAUAGAUCCACUGAAUGUCGACCACUUCUCAUGCACACCUUUGAUGUGGGCGUGUGCUCUGGGCCACCAGACAGCCGCAGUGCUGCUGUACAGUUGGAGCAGUGUUGCCUUGGGGAUUCCGGACUCUCUGGGCCGCCUCCCCCUGGCCGUGGCCCGCGCUCGUGGGCACACACGGCUGGUGCACUGCCUUGAGGAACUACACACACAAAAACAAGCACAAGAACUCACACACACCCUGGACACAUCAGCCCCACCCCUACUGCCCACAUCUCCAGUCUCUACUAGUCCUGAUACAGGUGACACACACACACACACACACACACACUGCCUGUCUCUCUCAUCUGUCUCAGUACAAGAACUCACACGCACCCUGGACACAUCACCCCCACCCCUACUGCCCACAUCUCCAGUCUCUACUAGUCCUGAUACAGGUUUGAGUUCAUCUAGUAGUGUUCCUUCUCCCAGUGAUCCGCCCUCGCCCUCCCCUAGCUCCGCCUACUCCAGUGGCUCAUUGCACCCCAGUUCUCCAUUGUCCAGCCCCUCUGACCCCAUGGACACUUCCUCUAACUCCUCCCCUCACAACUCUCCAGGGCUGUGGGACCAUGCUCAGGAAGGAGGAGGGACAAACGACGCCUCUGGAUCCUCACACAACCACUUUCUUAUGAACGCCCCCUCACACCCACGCUCAGAAUACCCACACCCCUCCUUUGAGACAGAGCUGCUCAGCUACAGUGAGAAUACAGAGAAUGAGCACUUCCUCCCUGCUGACAUCAUACAGGUUGACAUGGCAACACUGGCAGAGCAGAUCAUUGAAGCAACACCUGAGCGAAUCAAACAGGAGGACUUCCCUAGGGGGGCGGAGUCACCACUCAGAGAGAGGCGGGACAACCCUGCUAUUCAUGACACCUUGCCUUGGCUUGCACCCUACUUGGAUAACAUAGAUAGCUGUGUGUCUCCCACCCCACAGUUCCCCUCCCCGUUAAGUUCGCUAGCUCUGCAGAGGAUCCGCCCCCCGAGCAGUGCAGCAUGGGCGGAGUUUCUCAACGCCUCAGCCAAUGGCAGAAUGGAGAGGGACUUUGCUCUGCUGACACUAACAGAUAGUGAGCAGCGAGAACUGUAUGAAGCCGCACGCAUCAUCCAGAAUGCCUUCCGCAGAUAUAAGGGGCGGAGGCAAAAGGAGCAACAGGACAUGGCAGCUGCAGUGAUCCAGAGAUGCUACAGGAAGUACAAACAGCUAACAUGGAUUGCACUGAAGUAUGCUCUCUAUAAGAAGAUGACCCAGGCUGCCAUUCUGAUUCAAAGUAAGUUCCGCAGUUACUACGAGCAGAAACGCUUCCAACAGUCUCGCCGCGCCGCUGUGCUGAUCCAGCAGUACUACCGCAGCUACAAAGAAUACGAGCGUCUCAAACAAGGCUCCUUCCUGACUAAGAAGCAGGAUCAGGCAGCUCGUAAAAUCAUGCGCUUCUUCCGCCGAUGCAGGCACAGGAUAAAAGAGCUGAAACAAAGCAGAGACCUUGAAAGGAGAGGAAUUACAACCUGAUCUCUCUCUCACACACACACACACACCAUCCCCUCACACACACACACACAGACACACACUCACAUACACACGCGCACACACACACACACACACAUCAUCCCUUCACACACACUCAUCCAGCUCCCUUUAACUCAUUCUGUUUGUUCCUGCACUCUGCUCUAUACUUUUUAUCCUUUGUGCCAUAGAGAGAAAUAGAGAGAGAAGCAUAUAUUUCAUAUAUCUCUCAUAUAUAUAUAUGUGUGUGUGUGUGUGUUCUAAAUAAAUGAUUGUCUUACAUAUGAAUUGAUGAAUGUACAGAUUUAAGGCUUUUUAGGCAUGUUGACCUGUCGCUGGUGCCGGAGUGGCGCCCCUACUGGCCUGCGUAGUCCUCGACUUCUGAGAUGAGGGAGCUGAGAGAGAGAGAGAGAGAGAGAGAGAGAGAGAGGGGAGAGAGAGAGAGAGGGAGGGAGAGGAGAGAGGGAGAGAGAGAAAGAGAGAGAGAGAGGGAGGGAGAGAGAGAGACAGAGAGAGAGAGGGGGGGGUGCAUUUCCUCCCUAACAGUUCAGAUCAGCAUGUUUUAAAGAUUUCCAGUCUUAAACAAUGAAUGACACAC